CCAGAAGUGUCCCCAGUGUCUCCCCUCGCAAAUCCGUCAGUUCGCAAGCCACCAUGAAUGGGAUUCGCUCGCGCUGACCACCGUAAGUGAUCUCUCUCUCGCUCUCUUGCCAUGUUUGGCCCAUCCACUUGGUCGAGCUACCUAGUCUCCUAGUCCUAAACAUGCGCACCUCGGGACCGCUGCUCUGACACGGCCCACUCUCUCUUUCCCUCUCAUACUCUCUCACUUCCUCACUCGCAGCUCCAUUCAACUCUUCCUUUAUAUCCAACCUGUGCGCCCAAAUUACUUGCCAAGAUCCAGCUUACAACCAAGACCACCUUCAGCCUCAAUCCAUUCACCACAAGGAAAAGGAAAAUCCACUUCUCUGCACAUCAAACUUCGACUACAGGACAAUACAGUACAGUACAAUACAAUAGGAUACAAUACAACACCGCCACCAUGGACAUGAGUUCGAUGACCGACACCACCACCAUGAACACGACCGACAUGUCCAUGUCCAUGAUGACCAUGGCCUUCUUCACCAGCACCACCACCCCGCUGUACAGCACAAUGUGGAUGCCGACCAGCGUAGGAGGAUACGCUGGGACAUGCAUCUUCCUCAUCACCCUCGCCGCCAUUUUCCGCUCUCUGUUAGCUGUCAAAGCCUGGAAGGAGACGGCCUGGCUGGACGCUGAAUUCAACCGCCGAUACGUGACUGUGGCCGGCAAGCUGCCCAAAUCAGAGCGAAUCGCGAGCGAUACGGAUAGCAAGCGCAUGAUCUUGACCGAGAAUGGCGUCGAGGAGGAUGUGGUGGUGGUCAAGAAGAGGAGUAUGGGUGUGAGGCCGUGGAGGAUCACUACGGAUCCCGUUCGCGCUGCGAUGGAUACUGUUAUUGCUGGUGUUGGAUAUCUUCUCAUGUUAGCAGUCAUGACCAUGAACGUGGGCUAUUUCCUAUCAGUACUGGGAGGGACCUUCUUGGGCAGCUUGUUACUGGGACGCUACGUCGCGAACGAGAACCACUAGAUUUCUUUCUACUACCGUACAAAAAGUCACGAUGGAUGAGAAUAUGAAUGAAUGGCGUUCGGACAACUGCAGCGGGUACUGCGAGUCAUACAAUUUGGGCAGGCAAGCGUUGAAUAGAACUUGGGGGAUGCGAAAUCUUCGUCAGGUUGUAUUUUCGACAUUGUAUUUAAUAUUCAACCUGACAAAUGUUGGUCUUCGUUCACACACAG